CCUCGGUUGCUGCGGGAGACGACCCGCGACCUGGGAGUGAGCGAAUCCGUUUCCCGCCGGCGGGAGCUGCGGCUGUGGCUGAGCAAAGGGAUCUGAGCUGCAGCACCAUGGCGGAACAGCUGUAUCUGGAAAACAUAGACGAGUUCGUCACGGACCAGAACAAGAUCGUGACUUACAAGUGGCUAAGCUAUACACUAGGAGUUCAUGUUAACCAGGCAAAACAGAUGCUCUAUGACUAUGUUGAAAGGAAACGGAAGGAAAAUUCAGGAGCUCAGUUGCAUGUUACUUACUUGGUAUCUGGCAGUCUUAUGCAGAACGGACAUUCGUGCCACAAGGUUGCAGUAGUGAGAGAAGAUAAAUUGGAAGCAGUGAAGUCCAAGCUAGCUGUGACUGCCAGCAUCCAUGUGUACAGCAUCCAGAAAGCUAUGCUAAAGGACAGUGGGCCUCUGUUCAAUACCGACUAUGACAUCCUUAAAAGCAAUUUGCAGAACUGCAGCAAGUUUAGUGCCAUACAGUGUGCCGCUGCGGUCCCCAGAGCUCCUACAGAAUCCUCAUCUUCUAGAAAAUUUGAGCAAUCAAAUCUUCAGGCAGCAAGUGAGGCACAAGCCAAUGAACUGACCACCAAUGGCCAUGGCCCACCUGCCUCCAAACAGGCUUCCCAGCAGCCCAAAGGAAUUAUGGGAAUGUUGCUCUCCAAAGCUGCUACUAAAACUCAAGACACCAACAAGGAAACCAAAGCAGAGGCUAAAGAAGUAACAAAUGCAUCUUCAGCUGGGGGCAAAGCACCAGGAAAAGGGAAUGUGAUGAGCAACUUUUUUGGAAAAGCUGCUAUGAAUAAACUUAAAGUCAAUUUGGAUUCAGAGCAAGGAGUGAAAGAAGACAAAACAGUGGAGCAGCCCCCAGUAUCUGUCACUGAACCAAAGCUGGCAGCUCCCACAGCUCUGAAGAAAUCCAGCAGGAAGGCAGAGUCCGUGAAGAUGCAGCUGAAGGAAAAAAAAUGGGGGAAACGAGUAGACUUGUCUGAUGAUGAAGCAAAGGAAACGGAAAACCUGAAGAAAAAGAGGAGAAGAAUCAAGCUUCCUCAGUCCGAUAGCAGUGAAGAUGAAGUCUUCCAAGACUCUCCUGAGAUGUAUGAAGCAGAGUCACCACCCCCACCUCCUCCUGCAUCUCCACCUCCUGAUUCUGUGCCUAAAACCGAGCCCCCUCCUGUCAAGAGUUCAAGUGGAGAAAACAAAAGAAAACGAAAGCGUGUACUGAAAUCUAAAACCUUUGUGGAUGAAGAAGGCUGCAUAGUGACUGAAAAAGUCUAUGAGAGUGAAUCGUGCACAGACAGUGAAGAGGAGAGUAAGAUGAAGGUGACGGCGGUACACAGACCCCCUGCUGCUGCUGUGAGAAAGGAGCCCAAGGAAGAACGAAAGGGUCCCAAGAAAGGGACUACUGCUCUGGGCAAAGCCAACAGACAAGUGUCCAUUACUGGCUUCUUCCAGAAGAAGUAAAUGCUGUCCCUAGCAGGACUUGGGGUGGUCACGGGAGAAGACCAACAAGCAUAGACUCACUUACUGUGUAAGUUCGCCUAGUCCUGCCUCACCUGUAUCAAAAGGCUGCUCUGCCAUCAUGUGACACUUGUACUAUUCUGGGUUUUUUCAACCAAAAGGGAGUCACCUAGAAGCAGGAGGCAGAAGAUAUUUUAAAAGCUGUUACAUUAUAUUGAGUUUAUAAAGCACAAUCUUUGACCUGCCUAGGAGAAUUCAUUCGAGAAUUACCUGCUGGGCCCCACUCACCCUAUGCCAUGUUCCUGCUCUGGUCCUCUGUAUUCUGUGAACUUGUGUGAUGACAGUGUUUUUAUUUUAUGAAUUCUACUGGAUGUGUUCACCACUUCUCACUUUCCUCUGUGCCGCUACACUUCUGACCCCACAAAUCUAUUUUCUGCAAAUGUUUUAAAUCUUGGUCAGAUGAAAAGCUAAAACUGAAAUAGUGACAUUCAGCUCCAGGCAGGCCAGUGUGAAGUGUCUGUUCCUUCCACAGAAGCUCUCCGGAACUUUCCUCACACUAAGUGGCGGGACAGAGCACAAAUAGAAAUUUCCUGAUGUACCCAACCUCACCAAACGGCCACGAGUCAGCAAAACGGGCACUGGCAGAACCGCCAUGUUGCCAGCCAGGACAUUCUGUAUACUCUUAGGUUUCUGGUUUCUUUCUCCCAUAUUUCCCAUUCUUAAUACCUAGAGAGUGAACCAAUAAGGUGAGGUGACGAGUAAGGAGGAAUGGCGGUUGCCCAUUCCGGGAAGGAGUGAAGAACGUCAGGCACAUGUUUCUACACGGAUGCUGCUCCUCUGUAUUUUCAGGUUCUCCAUUUGCUCAGCAGUACAGGCUCCCCAGGAGGAGAUGGGACGCUGACUGUUAUUAACCUAGACAGUAAUUAAAACAUUUGCUUUUGUACAUUUGUUUGUUCUGACAGUAACUUCAAAGCACCUUCCAUCAUGGCUGGGCAGGAGGUGAGAGCCACUUAAGAUUGUGUGGCAAUGGCAGUGAGCUGUUGGGAAGGGAGCAGAGCUGUGACUGUCCGUGUGAUUCAUUCUCAGCUGAUGAGGGGUGUCUGACCCGACCCUUCCACCAAGGCCUGGCUUGUGUCGUAAGAGAUGUAAGCAGCUGCCCACCAUUGGAGGUUAGGGUUGGGAUUGACCUUGGCAUUAACAUAGCUGCUUUAGCAACCAAGAAUGGGCUUGAUUAAGACCAGCAGCUUGGGAGAUGAGUCCUGGCCUUACGUCGAAGGCUGCAGGGCAGAGGCUUCACACACCAAACUGAGUAAAGGCUUUUUUUGAAAGUGGAAAAGAGUGGAAUGCCUGGACUUAAACUUGACAAAAAAACUUCUGGAGAAGAAUCCCUUAUUUUAAGUGGUUAUUUUUGUCAUUGCCUCUAGUCAUUUUUCUAAAUGGGAAUGGAAAAGUACAAGGCAACAAUUCAGUCUUUAAAGAAAUCUGAUUAUGGUGGGAUUUCUAAUAAAACUGAAUUUGAAUCGGAGCUCUGGUGGAAGUUGGGGUUGCGCCUCUCAAGGAGACUGCAAGUCUCUGAUCCCUGUACCCAACACGCCACCUGGGUUUCGAGCUGCCUGCAAAGCUAAGCAAGCAUUGAGUGGUGGUGUUGUCUGUCCGUUUUAUAUAGUAUUCAACCACGAGUUCAAUAAAUUCGAGAAGCUGUUUUGAAACAGUACUUUAAA